AUGGCUGAGGAGGUCAUGACUGCAAUUUACUCGCAUCAUUCGCAUUCCCAGAGCUUGGAAUCGCAACAAGAUUUGCAUGAUCUCAACGCGUCUAGAUCGCUACAAACUUUUAAAGCAACACCCAUACCUAUAACUCAUGAGAGACUGCAGCAGCUAGCACUAGCGGCGACUGCAGCCAGCUCACAGCUGAAACAUUCGAGGGUGCAAGCGAGCGAGGAUGACCCGUUCAAAGACUCACAACACUCGGUCAGAAAACGAGAAGGGAUUUUCAAAUUACAGCAGUUUAAUAUACGAAAUCGAAAUCUAACCAAGUCGCCGAGCCUUCGACAACAGGAAUCUUUUACGCAGAGCAAUUUUACCUAUAACAAACAGCAAGUGCUAGAUGCUGAAAGUUUCAUUUCAAAUUCAAAUUCAAAUACAAACACAACUUCGAUUUCAACAGCCGGUGGUACUGCUGGUGCAGGUGCAGGUGCAGGUACUGCAGGUACUGCAGGUGCGAGUGCUGCUUCUAUUUCUACCUCACAGGUCCAGGUCCGCAACCACAGAAGCCAUUCCCAAGUACGCGAGACCGAGUACUAUGACGAAGACGACGACGAUGAAGUAACGUUGGAAGUACUUGAAGAUAUGCAUAAACUUGAAACGGCGUUCCCGGUGUUGGGACGAGACUAUAGAUUGAUUGACAAGAUUGGUGAAGGCACAUUUUCCACUGUUUAUAAGGCCGAGGCUCUAAAUGGGCAAGUGCGCUUGAGCUCUGACGUUUGGAGAUCGCCUCCUUUGAAGAAACGGAAAAACAACUCUGCAGCUGUUGCGUUAAAGAGAAAGAAAAACCCCGUUGUUGCCCUUAAGCAAAUCUACGUUACUUCAUCACCAAAUCGAAUAUUUAAUGAAUUGAAUUUACUAUACAUGCUAUCGGGGAAUCCAAGAGUCGCACCACUUUUGGACGUGUUGCGUCAUCAAGAUCAGAUUUUGGCCAUACUACCUUAUUACCACCAUUACGACUUCCGCGAGUUUUAUCGCGAUUUGCCAAUCAAGGGGAUCAAGAAAUAUCUUUGGGAGCUAUUCCAAUCGCUCGAUUAUAUCCAUGAAAAGGGGGUCAUUCAUCGUGAUUUGAAACCCACUAAUUUCCUAUAUGACCCAUUCAAGGGACGCGGAGUGCUUGUUGACUUUGGACUUGCCGAGAAGGAAAUCAGUCAUAACUCGAACCAAACUAGUUCAACCACAUCUUGCCCCUGUUUGCUCAGGGACAAAAUCAUAGCUAACAAAUCAAUCACCAAAAGGUUAAACAUAAAGGGUGCGUACCCAAAGACGGAUAACAGACCACCAAGGAGAGCCAAUAGAGCAGGCACAAGAGGCUUCCGAGCACCCGAGGUGUUAUUCAAGUGCACCAACCAAACGACACAGAUCGACAUUUGGUCAGCUGGAAUCAUUGGCUUAUCUCUCAUCAUGCGGAAAUUCCCGCUUUUCAACUCACCCGAUGACACAGAUGCCAUAUUGGAGCUAGCUGUCAUCUUUGGCUAUGAAAAGUUGGUUAAAUGUGCCGAGUUUCACGGGUGUGGAUUGGAAAUUUCAAUGCAUGACGUGCAAGCCAACAAGGGAAACCUCAUCAAGUUGCUAUACGAUUUUCUAAAGAAAGAAGUUGAUCACGGCGGCGUUCCCGAGGAUAGUGUAGUUCACGAUACAAUGAAGUUGUUCAGCUCCACUGGAGAAAAGUUUGUCAAGCCAAUUUUCGAAGAUGAUGAAAAUAUGAAAAAUCCUCGAUUGCGGGAUGAAGCUAUGAAUGAAUUCAAAACUGAAUUGGAAAGUUUUAAAGAUCACAAGGCAUUAAUGGACUUGCUUGGUGGGUGUUUUAAAAUGGAUCCCACAAGGAGAUUCACUGCUAAGGAAGUGCUUCAGCUGUCAUUUUUCCAUGAAUUGUCUCAUUUCAAUCAAGCUGAUGAUGAUGAAGAUGAUGUGAUUUUCUAG